ACGAAGAAAAGAAGAAGCCCUAACGAACCAAGUUUCCUCUUAACCAGACUAUUUCAUUGCUCGAGGAGCUUCUGGUUUGGAGAGGAUGGAUUCGUCAGGUGCAACACUCAUGGAUCUGAUAACCUCCGAUCCCUCAACUGCUUCAGCCGUUUCUUCCACCACCACCACCUCCUCCACUACCAAUUCAGCAGCAGUGCCUCCUCCUUCGACCCUAGGUAAACCGUCAGCCCCAUCAGAUCGUAAGGGCAAGAGAAGCACUCUGAUGCAGAUCCAAUCCGAUACCAUUUCGGUCGCCAAAGCUUUGAAUCCCGUCCGAAAUAUGCCUCAGAAGCAAGUCAAGAGAAAGCCGGUUUCGUAUUCGCAAUUAGCCAGGAGUAUUCACGAACUUGCUGCCACAUGUGAUCAGAAAAACUCCCAGAAGCAGUUAGUGGUUCAUGUAUUCCCAAAACUUGCUGUUUACAAUUCUGUUGAUCCUUCUUUGGCUCCAUCUCUUCUCAUGCUUCAUCAGCAAUGUGAGGACAGGAGUAUCCUACGUUAUGUGUACUACUACUUAGCUCGGAUUUUAUCAGACACCGGUGCUCAAGGUUUAGCUUCAGGUGGUGGGAUUCCCACACCAAAUUGGGAUGCUCUUGCUGACAUUGAUGCUGUUGGAGGGGUGACUAGAGCAGAUGUUGUACCUCGAAUAGUUGAUCAGCUUACAAAAGAGGCCUUAAAUGCUGAUGUAGAAUUUCAUGCGCGGAGGAUUGCUGCUUUGAAGGCCCUUACGUUUGCUCCCUCAAGCAACAAUGAAAUUUUGGCCAAAUUAUAUGAAAUUGUGUUUACCAUUCUAGAUAAGGUAGCCGAUACAAAGCAAAAACGUAGGAAAGGAAUUUUCAAAGGUGGUGACAAAGAGUCUAUUAUCAAGAGUAAUUUGCAGUAUGCUGCCAUGAGUGCUUUGAGAAGACUUCCUUUGGAUCCAGGGAAUCAAGCAUUCCGUUAUCGCGCUGUCCAAGGGGUUUCAUUUACUGAUCCCAUUGCUGUAAGACAUUCUCUUGGAAUUCUUUCCGAAUUAGCGACAAUGGACCCCGCUUCCGUUGCAAUGGAUCUAGGGAAGGCUGCGCUUCCUGGAGGGGCUUUGUACGAUGUUAUAUCCAUGGAUGAUGUUCUUGCUAGAGUUUCUCUUGCUAGAUUGUGCCAUACAAUAUCUAGAGCUCGUGUAUUAGAUGAAAGGCCUGACAUUAAAUCUCAGUUUACAUCUGUGCUUUAUCAACUUCUUCUGGAUGGGAGUGAAAGAGUUUGUUUUGAGGCAGUACUCUGUAUAUUGGGAAAAUUUGAUAACACGGAGAGAACUGAAGAGCGGGCCGCUGGGUGGUAUCGACUGACCAGAGAGAUUCUUAAGAUGCCAGACGCACCAUCUAUAUCAUCAAAGGAUUCUAAUGUAGACUUGAAGGAUGGCCUCCCACCAAAGUCUGCCAAAGAUAAAUCACAAAAAACAAGGCGUCCUCAGCCUCUUAUCAAACUUGUGAUGAGAAGAUUGGAGAGUGCUUUCCGCAGCUUCUCCAGGCCAGUGCUUCAUGCAGCAGCAAGAGUUGUUCAGGAGAUGGGAAAAAGUCGGGCUGCAGCAUUUGCAUUAGGCGUGCAGGAUAUUGAUGAAGCAGCUCAUCUUAAUGUAUAUUCCGAAAAUAUUGAUUCAGUUGAUUCAGAUAUCAAUGAGACCUCUUCUGAAGCUAGCAGAAAGACUUCUACAUUAUCUAAUGGGACAGGUGGGAAGGACACAAUUGCAAGUCUACUAGCUUCUUUAAUGGAAAUAGUGCGAACUACUGUUGCAUGUGAAUGUGUUUAUGUUCGAGGGAUGGUAAUUAAGGCUUUGAUCUGGAUGCAAAGUCCACAUGAAUCUUUUGAAGAAUUAAAAUCCAUCAUCGCAUCUGAGCUCUCUGAUCCAGCAUGGCCAUCAACCCUAUUGAAUGAUGUCUUACUAACUCUACAUGCUCGGUUUAAGGCUACUCCAGAUAUGGCCGUCACUCUUCUUGAAAUUGCAAGAAUUUUUGCAACCAAGGUUCCUGGAAAGAUUGAUGCAGAUGUGUUACAGCUUCUGUGGAAAACAUGCCUUGUUGGAGCUGGACCAGAUGGGAAACACACGGCCUUGGAAGCAGUCACAAUUGUUCUUGAUUUACCACCACCACAGCCUGGAUCAAUGUCAGGACUUACAUCUGUAGAUAGGGUAUAUGCAUCUGAUCCAAAAUCAGCACUAGCAUUGCAGAGAUUAGUGCAGGCAGCUGUAUGGUUCCUUGGAGAAAAUGCAAACUAUGCUGCAUCUGAAUAUGCUUGGGAAUCUGCAACCCCUCCUGGUACUGCAUUAAUGAUGUUAGAUGCUGACAAAAUGGUGGCUGCAGCCAGCUCUCGUAAUCCUACUCUAGCAGGUGCAUUAACUCGGCUUCAGAGGUGUGCUUUCAGUGGGAGCUGGGAGGUUCGCAUAGUUUCUGUUCAAGCGCUUGCUACCAUGGCUAUCAGGUCUGGUGAACCUUUUAGACUCCAGAUCUAUGAAUUCUUGCAUGCUUUAGCGCAAGGUGGGGUGCAAUCUCAAUUUUCAGAAAUGCAUCUUAGUAAUGGAGAAGAUCAGGGGGCCAGUGGUACCGGUCUUGGAUCCUUAAUCAGUCCUAUGUUAAAGGUUCUUGAUGAAAUGUACAAAGCGCAAGAUGAUCUGAUUAAGGAAAUACGGAAUCACGAUAAUGCAAAAAAGGAGUGGACAGAUGAUGAACUUAAGAAACUUUAUGAGACCCAUGAGAAGCUGCUUGAUCUGGUUUCCUUGUUUUGUUAUGUUCCAAGAGCAAAAUAUCUACCCAUAGGGCCUAUCAGUGCAAAACUUAUAGACAUCUAUCGGACCCGGCAUAAUAUAAGUGCAUCAAGUGGUCUCAAUGAUCCAGCCGUUGCUACUGGGAUUUCUGACCUUGUUUAUGAAUCGAAGACAACACCUGCUGAACCAGAUGCACUUGAUGAUGACCUAGUAAAUGCAUGGGCAGCAAACCUAGGUGAUGAUAGUUUGUUGGGAAACAAUGCGAUGGCAAUGAACCGGGUUAAUGAAUUUCUUGCUGGUGCGGGACCUGAUGCCCCAGAUGUUGAGGAGGAGAACAUUACCUCUAGACCGUCAGUUGGUUAUGAUGAUAUGUGGGCAAAGACACUUCUGGAAACUUCUGAUGCUGAGGAAGAUGAUGCAAGGUCAUCUGGAUCAUCUUCUCCAGGAUCUGCAAGAUCUGUUGAGAGUUCCAUAUCAUCACACUUUGGUGGCAUGAACUACCCUUCCUUGUUUGGUUCACGACCUGCCUAUGGGGGAUCACAAUCAUCGGAGAAGUCGUCAGCACCAUCUGCAAGCAGAUUUAGAAGCCCUUCUAUUGGUGCUUCUUCGUCAAUUGAUAGUCAUGGUUCUCCGGUAAGAGAAGAUCCUCCAUCAUAUUCAGCAUCUGUUAUGCAGAGAUAUGAGUCAUUUGAGAACCCUAUGGCCAGCUAUGGGACCCAGAGUUUUGAAUCACAGGAAGAAGAACCAGCUUCUGACAAUCCACAGUUUGGAAAGGCACUCUAUGAUUUCACUGCUGGCGGUGAUGAUGAGCUAAACCUGACAGCAGGAGAGGAGGUCGAAAUUGAGGAUGAGGUGGAUGGUUGGUACUAUGUAAGGAAGAAACGUCCUGGAAGGGAUGGAAAAAUGGGUGGUUUGGUUCCUGUCCUCUAUGUCAGUCAAUCUUGAUAUGGUUGACUUUCUCUAUCAUAGUUUGAUCCUCUGCUUCCCAUUCUACAUUUUCUGGCCAAUUUUUAUACAGUCUUCAUGUUUAUUUCGUUCUCAUUCUUCGUAGAGCUUUCUUCCUUUUGUGGGUGCAACUUUUAUUCAUCUGUUAGUUGAACCAUUUGAGCGUUUGAAUUGCAUAUCAGAUUCCUUCCUAUCGUAUUUUUCUAUUCUCUUCUUCUUCUUCCAUUCCUCCUUCAUAUUCAGCAAUAUCCAUCUUCCAUAUUCUUGGGGUUCUUUGUAGAAUUAGGUAGAGCUUGUUUUAUUUUGGUGAUUGCUUCCUUGUACGAUAUUCUUAGUUUCCACUUGUGUAUUCCAUCAACUUUUACUAAAUUUUGAUUUGCGGACAAGGAAAAGGAAUAGCCACAUCUAUGCCCCAAUA